CCAUAAAAAUGUCUUUUCUCAACAAAAUCAUUGAUAAAGCAAAGAACCACAAGAACGAAGAAUCAAGUUCAUCAAAUUGUAAUCAAAAAGCAGCUCUACCAAAGAUACCAGAAAACCAUGUUGCAGAAGCUGAUACAUCAAGACCUAUCAUAACAGAGAAUACUAGCAAAUUUUCUUUUAAAAGUCGACAUAAGCAAUAUGAUUCAGCCAUCCUAGAUCAACGCAAGAACAAACCUAAGCUAAAGCUGGAUGAUUUCAGUUUAUUGAGGACAUUGGGAACAGGAUCGUUUGGUAGAGUUCACUUAUCACAAUCAAGGCACAACAGUAGAUAUUACGCAAUUAAAGUGCUAAAAAAGACAGAGGUAGUAAGAUUGAAGCAGGUGGAGCAUACCAAUAAUGAGAAGCAUAUCUUGGAAUCUGUUGCGCAUCCCUUCCUUGUCACCUUAUGGGGUACAUUUCAGGAUGACGCCAACCUUUAUAUGGUUAUGGAUUAUGUCCCUGGUGGCGAACUAUUUAGCGUUUUAAGAAAGAGUAAACGAUUCCCUGACCAUGUCGCCAAAUUCUAUGCAACAGAGGUUACAUUGGCAUUAGAGUACCUUCACAACAAGAACAUCAUUUACAGAGACUUGAAACCAGAAAACCUGCUACUGGAUGCGACGGGGCAUAUCAAAAUUACAGACUUUGGUUUUGCCAAGUAUGUACCAGAUAUCACGUGGACUCUAUGUGGUACACCUGACUAUUUAGCUCCGGAAGUAAUUCAAUCCAAAGGUUAUGGAAAAGCAGUUGACUGGUGGAGUUUGGGUGUCUUGAUUUUUGAAAUGCUGGCAGGAUAUCCACCAUUUUACGAUGACGAUCAUCUCAAACUGUAUGAAAAGAUCAUUCAGGGAAAGAUUCGUUGGCCAUCUUAUUUUGAUCCAAAUGCAAAGGAUUUGUUAAAGCACCUUAUUACAGCUGAUUUGUCUCGUCGCUAUGGUAAUCUUAAGAAUGGAGCAGAUGACAUCAAGAAUCAUCCAUGGUUCUUUGGCGUAGAUUUUGCUCGAAUUGCCAGUCGUCAGGUUCGACCUCCGUACGUUCCUCAGAUACGCGGGGAUGGUGAUGCAAGUCAUUUUGACAGAUAUCCAGAAACAAAUGAACAAUAUGGUACACCAUGUCAAGAUCUUUACAGAGACAAGUUCCCUGAUUUUUAAAAAAUAAAAUAAAAUAAAAUAUUUCUUUUCUAUCGAGUUCAAAAAACGAAUAGACUACGCACAUAUACAAA